AUGUCGUACAUUGCGCCAAUUCAUCGCGCCAGCAGCAUUCGGCAUGCAUUGAAGCUGCAUUUCUUGAACGCUGAGGACGAGUGCCUAGUAGUUGCAAAAGCAAAUCAACUCGAAUUCUACUCCGUCACACCCGAUGGGCUCGCCCUCGUUACAUCAUGCUCGAUAUUCGCCAGAGUAACGAUGCUAGCAUGUCUCCCCGCACCCGCAAACUCGCCGACAGACCACCUCUUCGUCGGUACGGAUCGCUACUCAUACUUCACACUCUCCUGGGAUAGUGCACGGAACCAAGUCAGGACGGAGAGGGAUUAUGUCGAUAUCGCAGAUCCGUCUUCCCGCGAUGCACGAACGGGGAGCCGGUGCAUGAUCGAUCCAAGCGGCCGGUUCAUGACGCUGGAGAUCUACGAUGGCAUGAUCGUGGUAAUACCUAUUAUACAACUGCCGAGCAAGAGGAGAGGGCGACAGGUCGCUUUGCCUACUGGUCCCGAUGCUCCGCGAAUUGGAGAGCUGGGUGAACCGAUCAUUACUCGGAUUGAUGAGCUUUUCGUGCGCUCGUCCGCUUUCUUGCAUGUGCAAGCUGGUUCGCCGCGGUUGGCGCUAUUGUACGAGGACAACCAGAAAAAGGUCAAACUCAAGGUCCGUGAGUUGAAGUACAGCACCGCGGCAGGUGCUGAGUCUGAAUUUACAAGCAUUGCGGAUUAUGCGCAGGAACUGGACCUUGGGGCAUCCCAUCUCAUACCAGUUCCUGCUCCACUCGCCGCCGCAGGUGGCCUCCUUAUACUGGGUGAAACGUCAAUCAAAUACGUUGAUGCGGACAACAAUGAAAUCGUAUCACAACCUCUUGAAGAAGCGACAAUUUUCGUGGCCUGGGAGCAGGUCGAUAGCCAGAGAUGGUUGCUAGCGGAUGACUACGGGAGAUUAUUCUUCUUGAUGCUUGUUCUACGGAAUUCUGAAGUAGAACGAUGGGAAUUACACAGUCUCGGAAACACAUCUCGAGCCUCUGUUCUGGUGUAUCUCGGUGGUGGAGUGGUAUUCGUGGGAUCGCAUCAAGGCGAUUCGCAGGUUAUACGGAUCGGUGACCAAUCGUUUCAAGUUAUCCAGACCUUAUCCAACAUUGCGCCGGUUUUAGAUUUCACGAUAAUGGACCUCGGAAACCGUACCAGUGAAAACCAAAUGCACGAAUUUUCAUCCGGCCAAGCUCGAAUCGUCACUGGCUCUGGAGCUUUCGAUGAUGGAACCCUUAGGAGUGUACGUAGUGGUGUCGGAUUGGAGGAGUUGGGUGUCUUGGGCGAUAUGGAACAUAUUACGGACCUGUGGGGUCUGCAAGUCGGGUCAAGAGGUGACUUUUUGGAUACACUUCUUGUCACAUUCGUGAAUGAAACGCGAGUUUUUCGUUUCAGUCCCGACGGGGAGGCAGAAGAACUCGAAAGCUUCCUGGGACUAAGCCUCUCAGAGAACACCUUGCUUGCCGCGAAUCUACCGGGCAGUCGGAUACUGCAGGUUACUGAGCAGAGAGUUCUUAUUGCAGAUAUUGAAUGCGGAAUGACUAUCUUUGAAUGGACACCAAAAAAUCAAUUAAUCAUCACAGCGGCUUCUGCUAACGACGACACGAUAGUACUUGUCGCGGGCGGCAAACAUGUGACUGUGUUGGAUAUUCAGUCAGAGGCUCGAGUCGUCUCGGAGAAAGACUUUGGCGCGGACAACCAAAUUUCUGGCGUUACACUACCGACAACUCCGACUGAUGUUUGUAUUGUUGGAUUCCCUCAAUUGGCCAAAGUCUCAGUGCUGAAGCUGCAGGAUCUGUCCCACAUCAGCUCGACAUCGCUGGGUCCUGCUGGUGAGGCAUUCCCGCGCUCAGUUCUCGUGGCCAGUGUACUGGCGGAGAAUGCACCCACACUCUUCAUUUCAAUGGCUGAUGGAAGCGUCAUAACGUAUGACUAUAACGACCAAGACCAUUCCCUAUCGGGCAUGAACAAGCUUGUCCUUGGCUCAGAACAGCCAACAUUCAAAAAGUUACCCAGGGGCAACGGCCUCUCCAAUGUCUUCGCCACAUGUGAAAAUCCUAGUCUAAUUUAUGGAUCCGAAGGCCGCAUCAUAUAUUCGGCUGUCAAUUCAGAAGGAGCAUCACGAAUAUGUCAUUUCAACUCGGAAGCCUAUCCAGAGUCAAUUGCGGUGGCUACAGCGCAGGAGCUGAAGAUCGGCCUGGUCGAUAAGGAACGGACUACACAGAUCCAGACUCUUCCGAUCAAAGCUACUGUGAGACGCGUCGCAUACUCUCCCUCGGAAAAGGCUUUUGGUAUGGGCACAAUCGAGCGCAAGUUGGUCAGUGGGGAAGAGAUUGUCAAGAGUCAGUUUGUACUGGCAGACGAAAUUCUAUUCAGACGCCUAGAUGCUUUCGAUCUUGAAGGAGAAGAGAUUGUGGAAUGUGUAAUUCGAGCUGAAGCUCCGGAAAGCAAAGACGGGGAGGCAAAGGAUCGGUUCGUUGUUGGAAGUGCAUACCUGGGCGAGGAUGAUGGAGACUCUACUCUCGGAUAUAUCCGCGUUUUCGAAGUAGACAACGGUAGAAAGCUCGCCAAGGUUGCUCAAGAAAGGGUGAAAGGAGCAUGCCGCGCCCUGGCAGUGAUGGGAGAUAAGAUUGUUGCUGCGCUUGUCAAGACGGUUGUAGUCUUCCAAGUGGUACCAAGAUCGGGCGGACUGCAACUUCAGAGGCUCGCCAGUUACAGAACUUCGACAGCGCCUGUCGACAUUACAGUCACGCGCAACGUGAUAGCCAUUGCAGAUCUCAUGAAGAGCGUCUGCGUUGUGGAAUACCACGAAGGAGAAAACGGUGCACCUGAUAAACUGGUCGAGGUGGCCCGGCACUUCCAAACAGUCUGGGCCACAGGCGUGACGUCCGUCGCACCAGACACAUAUCUGGAGAGUGAUGCAGAGGGUAACCUAAUCGUCCUCCGCCGCAACCGCUCAGGUGUCGAGGAAGAUGAUCGCCGUAGGUUGGAAGUCACCGGCGAGAUCUGCCUCAACGAAAUGGUCAACCGAAUACGCCCUGUCAAUAUCCAACAACUUCCCAGUGCAACCGUCGUGCCUAGGGCUUUUCUCGCAACGGUUGAAGGCUCUAUUUACCUCUAUGCCAUCAUAAACCCCGACUACCAAGACUUUUUGAUGCGCCUCCAGGCCACAAUGGCCAGUCGCGCCGACUCCCUCGGCGGCAUCCCAUUCACCGAUUACCGAGCUUUCCGCACGAUGACCCGGCAAGCUACCGAGCCUUACCGGUUCGUGGACGGUGAACUGAUCGAACGGUUUUUGACCUGUGAGCCGGCCGUGCAAAAAGAGAUUGUUGAUAUAGUGGGGAGCAGCUUAGAGGAGGUCAGGGCGAUUGUUGAAGCGUUGAGGAGAUUGCAUUAGACGUAUUACGCAACUCGGCUUCCUCUUGGGUUUGAUUUGCCUUCUCGGUACUAUGGAUAUCACAUGGGUAUAGGAUAUUUUAGCUUAUUUACGACAUGAUGUAUAAGAUGAUCUUAUGGGCUU